AUGGCCGACGCCAUAACCGCCGCCGCCUCCUCACCCACCGGACUGUCGUCACCGGCGUCCGAGAAGACGCAACAACCCUCCACUGCCGAGCAGCAGGUCGAUUUGACCGACGACUCGCCGCCCGAGAACAACAAGUUCGCCUUUACUCCGGCGCAGCUGCACAAGCUUUCCCUCGCGCGCUCGCUCGAAGUGCUCGAUGCUUUCGGCGGGCUUCACGGCCUGGCCGCGGGCCUGCGGACCGAUCUGCAGGCCGGUCUGAGCAUCGACGAGGACCAGCUCGAAGGCACCGUCCCCUUUGAGGAGGCCGUCAGGGCCGGGAGGGAGAAGAGACCCCCGGCCAUCAAGCCGCUCGAGACGGGUGCUGACCAACAAAAACAUGGGGCCUUCAAGUUGGACCUGGCAGACCUGGGCGCCGCCGGUGCCCAUCAGCAGAGGGGGUUUGUGGAUCGGCGGCGCGUCUUUGGCGAGAACAAGCUGCCCAAGCGCAAGCAGAGAUCCUUCCUGGAGCUUGCCUGGAUCGCCUUCAACGACAAGCUCAUCUUUCUGCUGACGGCCAGCGCCACCAUCUCUCUCGCCCUGGGAAUAUACGAGGCUGUCGAGGCGGAGGAGGGCGAGCCCAGGAUACAGUGGCUCGACUCGGUCACUGUAAUGGUUGCCAUUGCCGUUAUCGUAUUUGGCAGCGCAACAAACGACUGGAACAAGAAUCGCAAGUUUGCCAAGCUCAACGAGCGCAAGGAGCAGCGCGACGUCAAGGUCAUAAGAUCCGGCAAGACGAUGAACAUCUCCAUCUACGACCUCCUGGUGGGCGACAUCAUGCACAUCGAGACGGGAGACGUGGUGGCCGUGGAUGGUGUGCUCGUCAAUGGCUCUGGUAUCCAGGUGGACGAGUCGUCCCUCUCUGGCGAGUCGGAGCUGGUACACAAGACGGCCAUCGGCCCCACGGACGGGGCGGGCAAGCAGCCCGAGAAGGAGAAGGCCAAGGCCGAGAAGCAGACCACCCACCGCGUCACCGCAUCCGAUCCCUUCAUCCUCAGCGGCACCACCGUCAACGGAGGCGUGGGCAACUACCUCGUCAUCUCGGUGGGCACCAACUCGACCUUUGGCAGGACGCUCAUGAACCUGCGAACCGAGGUCGAGGAGACGCCGCUGCAGCAGAAGCUGGGCAAGCUGGCCAGGCAGCUGAUCACGCUGGGAGCCAUCGCCGGCCUCGUCUUCUUCCUCAUCAUGUUCAUCCGCUUCUGCGUCGGCAUCCCCGGCUCCUCCAAGACCUCGGCCGCCCUGGCCAUGGAGUUCUUCAAGACGCUCAUCCUCGCCGUCACGGUCGUGGUGGUCACGGUGCCCGAGGGGCUGGCGCUGGCCGUCACGCUCGGCCUGGCCUUUGCGACGUCGCGCAUGCUCAAGGACAAGAACCUGGUGCGCAUGAUCCGCUCCUGCGAGGUCAUGGGCAACGCCACCUGCAUCUGCUCCGACAAGACCGGCACCCUGACGCAGAACGUCAUGACCGUCGUGGCCGGCAACGUGGGGGUGACCGAGGCCUUCGGGGAGGAGGCGACCGCCAUCGAGUCCGACAACAACAGCCCAGAGGCGUCGGGCCCUGACGUCGACAAAAAGGCCGCCGCCGCCGCCGCCCCGCCGCCGCCCGUGACCGCUUCAUCUGCGCGCCAGUUCGUGGCCAGGCUGGCGCCCGAGGUCAAGGAUCUCAUCAGGGCCGGCAUCGUCCACAACACGACGGCGUUCGAGAGCGACGACGGCUUCGUCGGCAUGAGCACCGAGACGGCGCUGCUCAAGUUUGCGCGUGAACAUCUCGCCAUGGGGCCGCUGAACGAGGAGCGCACAAACGCCGACAUUGUGGACAUGUUCCCGUUUGACGCCUCCAACAAGUGGAUGGCCGUCAUGGUCAAGCUGCCCGGCGACGGCGGCGGCGGCGGCUAUCGCUUGCUGGUCAAGGGCGCCGCCGAGGUGGUCUUGGACCGGUGCACACGCGUGCUGAGCAGCGACCCUAGGGCUGAGGCUGAGGAGGAAGAAAGGGAUGCCGGCGGCCUGGCGGCGGCGGCGGCGACCGACGAGUUCAGCUCGGAGAUGCACACAAAGCUCCGCCAGGUGGUGCAGUCCUACGCCGUCAAGAUGCUGCGUCCGGUGGCGAUGGCGUAUCGAGACUUCCAGGACCCGGUGGAGGUGUUUGAAGACGUCAAGGAUCCGACGUCGAUCGACUUCAAGGCCAAGUUCGAGAGGCUCACGUUCCUGUCGCUCUUCGCCAUCAAGGACCCGCUCCGACCCGAGGUCAACGACGCGGUGAGGAAGUGCCAGGAGGCCGGGGUGUUUGUGCGCAUGGUCACGGGCGACAACUUCCUCACGGCCAAGGCCAUCGCGACCGAGUGCGGCAUCUACACGGCCGGAGGCAUCGCCAUGGACGGGCCGACCUUUCGCAAGCUCAGCGAGGCCCAGCUGGACCUGGUCAUCCCGCGCCUGCAGGUGCUCGCGCGCUCGAGCCCCGAGGACAAGCUGCUGCUCGUGUCGCACCUCAAGGGCAUGAUGGAGACGGUGGCCGUCACGGGCGACGGCACCAACGACGCCCUGGCCCUCAAGGCCGCCGACGUCGGCUUCGCCAUGGGCAUCCAGGGCACCGAGGUCGCCAAGGAGGCCGCGUCCAUCAUCCUGCUCGACGACAACUUUACCUCCAUCGUCAAGGCCCUGUCGUGGGGUCGGACCGUCAACGACGCCGUGCGCAAGUUUCUGCAGUUUCAGUUCACCAUCAACAUAACCGCCGGCACGCUGACUGUUGUUUCUGAGCUGUCGGGCGACAACAUUUUCAAGGUUGUGCAGCUGUUGUGGAUGAAUCUGAUCAUGGACAUCUUCGCCUCCCUCGGACUGGCGACCGACUACCCUUCCCCCGACUUCUUGAAGCGCAAACCACAGCCGCGCAAGACGUCGCUCGUCAGCCUGACCAUGUGGAAGAUGAUUGUGGGCCAGGCCCUGUACCAGCUGAUCGUCAUCUUCACGCUCCACUACGGCAAGGACGCGCUGUGGAACCCGCAGACCGAGACGGAGAGGGACCAGCUGCAGACGCUCGUCUUCAACAUAUACGUGUGGAUGCAGUUCUUCAACCAGCACAACUGCCGCCGCGUCGACAACAAGCUCAACAUCUGGUACCAGGGCGUGCUGAGGAACCCGUGGUUCAUCGGGGUCCAGUGCCUCACGUUUGCCGGUCAGAUGGUCAUCAUCUGGAAGGGCGGGCAGGCCUUCCAGACCACUCCCCUCAACGGGCCGCAGUGGGGGUGGUCCAUGCUCUUCGGCAUCCUCACCAUCCCGCUCGGCGUGCUCAUCCGCCUCACCCCGGACCGGUACGCCGGCAACGUGUUCCACUUCUUCGGCCAGGGGCUCCGGUUCCUCUGGCGAGGCGUGCUGGUGUUCGUGCCGUCGAGGUGGAGCAAGCGGAAGCGCAACCACCUGGAGCGGCGCCGCAGCCGACGCAGCGCCAACGAGGACGGCGACGACCAGACGUCCGACGGCGCCAUGAACAACUGGGUCCUGCAGGCGGGCGACGUGCUGCGCCGGCCCAUCAACUACGACUGGGCCACCAUGGGCCGCCCGCACGAGGCCGCCCUGGCCAGCCGCAUCCAGACCAUGCCCGCCGCCCAGCGCGAGGCCCUCGCCCGCGCCGCCCAGGCCCACGCCGCUGCCCUGUCGGGCGCCAACAGGGCCGAGCACGAGGUCGACCUGCCCGCCAUGAUCGACGCCGCCAGGAACGGGUCCGCGUCCAGUGCCAUGGAGAUCCAUCCCGACACGAGGCCCGACGACCCCAUCCUGCCCGAGGGUACCAUUGAUGUGCAGAGGUGGAAGAAGGUGCCGCCUAGCCAGGACCCGGAGGUUAUCAAGUACCUCGAGAGUCAGCAACAUCAGAAGGAUGAAUGA